AUGUCUUCUCCUAUUCAUCCUAUGGUCACUGUCACAAAUAUCAAAGCCCUAAUCCCCAUUACCCUCGACAUUGAAAACGACCAUUAUACAGCUUGGUCGGAAUUAUCUAAAAUCCAUUGCAUCUCUUAUGACGUCUAUGAUCAUCUUCAGCCGAAGAAAUCCACUGAGACGACUUCUUCCUCCGAUAAAGAUCAAGCCAAAGACAAGACUACCUCUUCUCCGUCGUGGGAACGACUUGAUUCCAUUGUAUUACAAUGGAUUUACGGGAUGAUUUCCACUGAGCUCCUGCAUACUAUUUUGAAGCCUAACACCAACGCAUAUGCUGCUUGGACGGCGUUGGCAAAUAUUUUUCAUGAUAAUAAGGCCACGCGUACCAUCGACCUUAAUAACAAGUUCGCCAACACUCGUCUUGAACAAUUUCCCUCCAUGACGGCUUACUGCCAGGCGCUCAAGGUGAUCUAUGACCAACUCACUAAUGUUGGUUCUCCUAUCACUGAAGAACAGUUAGUCUUGCAGCUCCUCAUGGGGCUUACGAAACCAUACGAGAGCACGACUACUAUUAUUCAACAAACCAGUCCUUUACCGGACUUUUAUGAGACCCGGUCGAGACUAUGCAUGGCUGAAACACGCAAAGCAAAUCAGGUCCGCCACGUGGCUCAGGCCACUGGUACUGCCCUCGUGGCAUCUUCAGACUCCCGUGCUCCGCCAUCGUCCGACAACCAUGACUAUCGGUCUACUUCGGGACGAUAUGAUGCUCGCUCAGAUUCGAAUCGUGAUCAAACCAUGUGUGGAAGAGGCCGAGGUCGUGACCGUGGACGUGGACGUGGACGUGGUGGCUCAGCGGGUCGGGGACGCGGCAACACCUCACAACAGCCCACGGUUCAGCCUGGGUACCCGUCGUAG